AUGGCUUCUGCUAUUAACGAAGGCACUACACAACUUGGAGACAAAAAAGGUCCAGUAGCAGUAGAUAUAGAAGAAGAUGAAGAUCUCUUCGAAAUCGAUAUCUAUGCUGUUAAUAGCAUUCCUUCACCCCAAUAUCUCAGGGAAAGCUACUUUGCUGCAACGGGUCAUGCACUUCUUGCCAAUUGUUUGCUGCCAAUUACUGAUCUUUCCGGUGCAGUUCCAGUAGCUAGCAUCAACCUUACAAGUUCAGAGUUUUCAUCAGCUUAA